UUUUUUGGAGAGAUGGGCAUAUGAAAUCAGAUUAUGAUAGGUUUGGAGAUGUAGUUAUUCAUGAUACAACUUAUCGGACUAACAAGUAUGACAUGAUCUGUGGUCCUUUCGUUGGUAUGAAUCAUCAUUGUAAAAACAUAAUGUUUGGUUGUGGUUUUAUGUUGAAUGAGAAGGUGGAAUCUUUUGUUUGGUUAUUUCAGACAUUCCUCAAAUCUAUGGGUGGUAAACACCCCAUCACUUUCAUGACAGACCAGUCAUUUUCCAUGGCAGCAGCUAUCUAAUCUGUUUUUCCUAACGCAAGACACAGACUUUGCACUUGGCAUAUAGAUGAAAAUUCCAAGAAACACAUCAUGUUUCUACGCAAGAAGCUGAACUUUGUUCCUUUAUUUGAUUAUGUUGUUAAACGAUGUGAUACUAUUGCCGAGUUUGAUUUCUACUGGACUGAGUUGAACAAAGUGUAUGAAUGCAGUGACAAUACAUGGUUGAAAAGGCUCUACAGUCAUAAAGAAAAGUGGUGUCCUGCAUUUUCAAAGGAUUAUUUCUCUGGUGGCAUUCUAUCCUCCCAAAGAAGUGAAUCUACAAAUAGAUCCAUAUCUAGAAGACUCUCAAAAACUGCAACAUUGUGUGACUUUUACAAAAUGUUUGGUGAUGUUGUUGAGGAAUGGAGGUCAGAGGAAAAUGGUCAAGAUUUCAGAUGUUCAGAAGGCACUGUUGAGAUGGUACUGCUGCAAGAUAGUUUGUUAACUCAUGCUAGAGAUGUGUAUACCCUUGAGAUCUUCAAACUGUUCCAAGAACAAUAUUUGAAGGGUAUGUCACAUUUUUUUAAAUUAGUAACACAGAAUUGUCAUGAUUGCGUGUAUCAUGUUUGGUUGGACGGUGUAGAUUUGAUUAGACACAGCGUUAGUUUUAAUGCAAAUGACAACACGGUGACAUGCACUUGUAAGAUGUUUUUUAGAAGUUGGCAUUCUUUGUAGACACAUUUUGCGUAUAUAUAACAUUCAUUGUGUGAAAUGUAUUCCUCGAGAUUAUAUAAUGUCUAGGUGGACGAAGGGUGCUAUUUUGCCAAAUAUGGGCCGAUCUCAUAUUGAAGCACCUGAUACUCUGUUUGGGAAAAUAUUGGAAGAUUCUGUGUGGAGAGUUCAAAUGACUAGGAAAUUCAAUACAAUAUUGGCUUCAAGUGCUAGUAUUCCUGAAGCUAGGCAAGUAUGUGAUGAGCAAGGUUAUGAUUCUAUUAAAAACUUCUUAGAUAUUCAGAAACGCCGCACUGCUGGAGAUGAAUCUGCUUCUGAAUCGAGGACCAUAUUGGAUCCUCCACGUUCUGUUCCUAAAGGUCAAAGAAAUACACGAAAGAAAAGCAUUGUUGAAAAACAAUGCAAAAUAGUCAAAUCUCGCAGGUCCAAAUCCCAACAAGUUUCAUCUAAUUCAAAACUUGUUGCCCAAUCAGUUUUACAGGAGACUGUUAAUUGCAUGGUGCCACAUGGUUAUCUUGCUCAUCCAGUGCAUGGAAUGACUUCUUUGAUGCCUAUGUUUGGAUCUCCACAAGUUUUCACUCCAUACUUUUUGCAUCCAAAUGUUGGGAAUGAAAUGCAAAUUUAGUAAUAUUUAAGUAGUAUGAAUGUAAUCUGCUUGAACACUGGCUGUGGAGUUUUGCAUUUUUACAUCUUUGUAUGCUCGUUUUACAUUUAUCAGUGAUAUUGUUUACAUUUCAUAUACCCUUUGUUUACAUUAGUCUUUCAGUGUUACACUUGAAUUGGUUUAUCAAUAAAGUUUUAGUAAGUGAAUUAAUUUC